AUGACUAGGACUAAUGACUCGAUGGACUUUGGCAGGAUCUCUCGACAAGUAUACGAUCUCGCAGCUUCAAAGGAUGACCCUCUGGGACCUCUGGUGAAAGAGGCACUGACUGUGAUCGACGAAGCGCUCGAUUCUUAUGGCCCGGACCACGUAUCACUGAGUUUCAACGGUGGCAAAGACUGCACCGUCUUGCUUCACCUCUAUGCUGGAGCACUCGCAAGACGGCUAGGCCCCUCUGAAGCUCUCAAGUCUAUCCCGGCCAUCUACAUCGCCGUCCCCUCGCCAUUUCCAAUGCUGGAAACGUUCAUUGAAGACGCAGCCAGGCAAUACCACUUGGACCUAUUCCACUGUCGCCCUCCCUCUGAGCCAGUGGAGAGUGUCGUGACCCCCGCUGCAGCAAACGGUAGCAAUACAAACUAUUUGGAUAAUGCUCCCAAAGCAGUUGGAAAGGCUAAGGGGACCGAGGGAAUGAAACAAGCCUUGGAGAUAUAUAAAAACAAGUUCCCAAAUAUUGAGGCUAUCCUCAUAGGAACACGUCGGACUGACCCACACGGCGCCGCCUUGUCGCACCGCAAUAUGACUGACCCUGGAUGGCCGCGUUUCGAGCGCGUUAAUCCAAUUAUAAACUGGGACUAUGCCGAUAUCUGGUCUUUCCUACGCAAACUCGAUGUCCCAUACUGUGGUCUCUACGACAUGGGGUACACUUCUCUCGGCUCCACGUACAACACCUUCCCAAACCCAGCGCUCUUAAUCAACAUACCCAAUGGCGCACCGGCUUCAGCUUCCCCCACGAUCCUGACUCCUGGUACUGCUCUGUCCAGUCUCCUCUCUUCCACCCACGCCACCCCCCAGCCUGAGACGCCCGCACCGUCACCGAUUACGGUCCUCUCGUCUUAUAUAUCGAAGACACAUACCAGAGUAGAGGGUGUACUUCCCAGUCCGCUGGAGCCCAUCUACCGCCCGGCUUAUGAGCUAACCGAGGGUUCUCUGGAACGCGCAGGAAGGGGCAAAUCGUUACCCGUCUCAUGA